UAUAACCCUGAACCAAGAGUAGUGUGAGCAAGAAAACUUAUAGCGACGAGCUCACAGAGAUUACCAGCGAAUGGCGAAACUGGUGCUUUUGGACUUAGCAACACCUUCGCCAUUACGGUACCGUAGUUGCGCCCCUACCAAGGGAUACCGCGACGCUAGUGUACAUGCUGUUAGGCAACACUGUUUAAAUGUGCGGCGCUCUUGUUUCAUAUAUGGGUUGGAGUAACCCAUUCUGCCCUGGCGCGCUCCCCGUCCGUAACGCCUGUUUGCUUUUUUACCGGAGCAAGCAUAACAAUGCCUACGGUAGAGCAAACCAUAGCUUGUUAGCCCAGUAGUACCUACAACAGGUGCAGACGGCAGUUGAUAUUACCGACAUGCGCGCGCGCCUCUUCGAACCCAGCUGCUCUACAAGCUAGUGAGGGCAUGCGUCAGUGAAUAGGCCUGCCGCAACAAGAAACUGCUGUUCUGAGCACUGCGGGCCUGAGAGAAGCCGGAGUGCUGGGACUCGCUAGGACCCGCUAGGACUGGCGAGGAAACAAUGGUCAUCAUCUCUCUUAGCUGUACCGUGACGGCCCAGGAGACGACGGCUUCAUCCUUGAAGCCGUCUGUGUUUCGUACAUCGCUAGCCCCUCAGAAGGGGCCGCGGCGCAGCCUUGACUCUGUCUGCGCACAUGUCCUGGCGACGCACGUCAACCCUCCGGAUUCCCAUGUUCCGGCUGGUAUACCAAGUCAAACAGCAACGGCUAUUGCGAUGGAAGCUGCGCCUGUCACCCACUGGACGCCGACUUGGACAAAGACCUUGCAGACCAAGUUUCUGGCUGUUUGGGAGAGCUGGCAAAAGCUAUCAGGACAGAUCAGCCAGUACAAGGCGUUGCGUCCUGACUGGGUAGCCACCACGCAAGAGCUGCUGGACCAGCAAUUCCAGCGAUUCCUCAGCAGCGUGGGCGCUGCAGCCUCAGCUCGCUCCACCUCCACAGCCGCGCCGAAACCCCUCCCUGGCGACGCUGAAGCCGAGGCUAACCGCCCAGUCACGCUCACACCGUACCUUACAGUGGCCGAUGAAGUCGAAAUUUCCUUUGCGGCCAUGCUUGCCGACUUGUGCAACAUGGCGUACGAGGUGGACAAGCUCGACCCCGAGCUCCUGGAGGCUCGGCACCGCCUGUCUCUCAUCGCCUCCUCCCUCACUUCAACUGGCUCCUGCACGAGCUCCAUGGAUGCUGCGGCAGCAAUCCUCGCUGCGGAGGAGGGUGAUGCUGAGCCCGAGGCAGACGGAGCAGCAGUCCAGCAGGACAAGCAGCAGCGCCCGCAGCAGCAACGGCGGCGCAAGGCGGCUGCGGCAUCCAUGGCAGAGGAGCAUGAGCCGAUGACGCCGGGCAUUGUGUCCUUCACCAUGGGCGGCUCACCGCCGCUGACGCCCGCCAUCUCCAUGCUGCAGCUGACCUCUCCCGAGGCGGUUACCGCGGCGCUGACCAGCCAGGGACACGGUGCCGCAUUUGCGCACCCUGUGUAUGUGUCCUCACUGCACCAUGGCCUGACCACAUCGCUGGGCUCGGGUGACGAGGAGGGUGAUGUUUCGGAUUCCGAGUGGCGGGCGGCCAUGGCGGCUGCGGGAGAGCGGGGCGUGAUUCUGAACCGUGCAAUGGGCGGCUCGCUGGGCACCAUGGGUUCCAUGGGAACAUGGGAGGACUUUGGAACGCCUUUGUCUGAGCAGCAUGUGACCCAGCAGCAGCAAUACACCGGGAGGGCGAUUGGCGCUGCUGAGAAGGCAACGGGGCGUGACGGCAUUGUGGCGGAGUUGCCUCGCCAGUCGUCCUUUUCAGCCGGCGGUGUCCUGUCGGUGGUACCUAGCUCUCCCGAGGUGUUCCUUCGCCGUUCCGCUUCCGCGCCUGCAACGUUUUACAGCGACGUGAACCUGAAUGAGGAACGCGACUUUGUGCCUGGGCAGCUGUACGGCUACAUGACACCGCUCGUGGAGCGGCGUGGCAGCAUCGACGGCAGCUUGGGUGUGCCCGGCUCUGAGGAUGAUGAUGUUCAUGUACUGCCCGUGGCAGCGGUUGCUCAGUCCGGUGCCGCGGGUGGCCGGGCGCUGCGUGCGAAGCAGGAGCAGCAGGGUGGAGGUGGCAGGCGCCGCCGCUCUAUGAGCGAUUCUGGCGUUGCGCAGGCAGCAGCGGUACCCGCGGCUGCUGUCGCCGCCGCUGUGGUAGCUGGAGGCAUGGAUGGGGCUGUGGAUGGGGCCGUCGAUAGUCGUCAGGAGGAGGGCGACAUGGCUCAGGCGGUUGCUGGGGGCCCGCCUGUGGUGGUGGCGUCUACCAAGGCGCCGCCGAACGCUUGGUUCUCAUGUGAUGACAAGCUGUCGAAGACGCGCUACUUUGCGAUUCAGGGCUCGACAUCCCUGGAGCACUGGCAGAUCAACCUGCAGUUUGAGCCGGUCAUCUUUGAAGACCCCAAAUUUGGCGUGCGCAUUCAUCGCGGUGUGUACGAGGCGGCCAAGGUGCUGUAUCGCGACCUGCUGCCCCUGGUGCAGCAGCACCUGGAGACGUCGCCCUUCGCCACGGUGUCCUUCACAGGCCAUUCGUUGGGCGGCAGCCUUGCUACCGUCCUCAUGCUGCUCUUUGUCAUCCGGGGCGUGCUGAAGCCCUCCAACAUCUCCCCCAACUACACGUUUGGCUCGCCCGCCAUCUUCUGCAAGGGCGCCGUGCCCAACGCACCCGAGGACCGCUGCUCCCAGUGCAAGCUCACCUGCGACAUGCGAGCUGCCGGCAACGAGGGCGGCGACCAAGACCAGCACCAUAACCACCACUUUUGCGAGCACCACCACGGUGCCCGCACCGCAACCAACAACAACACCAGCAACAGCAACGGUGGCGCUAGUCGCAGGAACAGCAACGGCGGUAACAAGAGCGCCAACACCGCCACCGCUGCUGCUGCUUCCUCCCCCCCGUCAGCAGCAUCAGCAGCAGCUUCCUCCGCCACCUCCUCAGUGGACCAGCCCCAGGUGCUGCCGCUGGGUCUGCUGGCUCAGCUGGGCUUGUCCGAGGACCACGUGGUCAACAUCAUCAUGCACAAGGACAUUGUGCCGCGCGCCUUUGUGUGCGACUACACCCACCUGGCGGGCAUGCUGCACCGCUGGUGGCCGGCGCUGCGGGCGCACCGGGAGCACCACCAGCAGCAGCUGCAGCUGGAGCAGCAGCUGGACGAGCAGGAGAACCCGGACAGCAAGGUGUUUAAGAGCCUGUACAACUUUGUGGGGCGAAUGGCGGUGCUGAGGCCCAGUCCGGACCUGCCGUUCAUUAAUGGUCCCUCCGACGCCUCGCACCCCAUGCUUCCCAACCGCCCGGCGCUUUACCGGGUUGGUAUCCACGAGGACGCCCCGCUGUCGGUUCUGGACCAUGAAGCCUCCUCCUUUGCCACUUGGGACGACAUCUUUGAGGGCUUCUCCACCGUCGCCAGCCGCAACCGCCGCGGCGGAGCUAGAGGCGGCGGUGCCAGCGCUGCCGCUGACGCCAAGCGCGCGGCACAGGUGGCGAGCAUGCAGAGCAGCAUGGUGCAGUUUAUGAACCAGCCGCACCCGCUUGCGACGCUGUCCGAGUACGGCGCGUACGGUCCCAAUGGCUGCAUCAGUCGCUUCCACAACCCAGACAACUACACACGGGCGCUGGCGGCCCUGUUGGACCGCUGAGGCGGCCCGCGGUGUUGCCGCGCAUGACAUGUGGGGCAGUGCGGCGGAGGAGCGACGGAUAAGGGAAGGGGACAACGCCAGGAGAAGCCCAUAACAGGACAGCAGCAGCGGGCCGUGAAGCAACCACACCACCUACCGGUCUUUCCGCUGCUACGCAGCACAUAUAUAACCUCGUUACGAAGAUACCCACACACAUCCCGAAGAAUGCCCUCUUCUUGUUGCAGUUGUAGCUGUCGAUCAUCGGCUUGUCAGUUGUGCUAGCAGUGCAUGGUGGCUUUACGUGCUGUUAUUCUGUCGUGGGGAUGGAGCACGAAGAUGCGGUGCUAGGAGCUGUGGUCCCAGUGCUGGAGGCCUGUUCACGCAGGUCCUAGACUGGAGGCACUUCUUCCUGUUGUUGAACUGCGGUUGCACUUCUCGUUGUGGCAGUUGGCUGCCUGCUAGGCCGGACACAGCUGGUGCAUAUCACAUCACAUCCAGUAGUUCACAUCUUUCAGGCAGCAGCAGAAGAAGAUUGAGGAAUUUGGCGCGCUGAAGAGUUUACCUUCGGAGAUCACCUCGGAACAUGGGCACCAUCGUGACAUAUUGAAGACAGGUCACCCCCUGUGUAUUUGAUGCUGUGUGUGUCGCUACGUUGCGGAAGUUCUCUGGCACUUGGCGUGCUCCUGUUGGCUUCUACGUCGAGCGUUUGUUCCCGUGUGUCUGCAUACCUGCUGCUCUUCGCAUUUGCCUGCAUUAUGGGUGCGCGAGUGGUUGGGUCAGCACUGGCAUGUGCGCUACUGGCUGGAGGAUUUCACCAGUAGCCUUACUUGGUUGGUCCCCAGCUUGGUGGUAUUUUUCUGUUUCCUGUUUUGUUCUUGUGGUAUGGAUUCAGCCUUGUCGUGUUUGAACGAGCAGCACGCGUCAAGCCCUAUUUUAGGGAUGAGAUUUCCUGGAUUGGGGCUUAGGUAGCGCUGUUUCGGGCGGGUUGCAAACUGAAGUUUAUCCCAUAAGCUGCGGCUCGGUUGCUGCAGCGAGCAAACAUAUCCUUAUUCCUGGAUCGGGUAUAUCCGUACUUCUUUUAGAGCCGUGGCGAUUUCUGGAACGUGAUAAACGGUUUUAUGCAUAGGGGCCUGGUGCCACAGGGCCAGCGGCACGGCUGCGGUGUGCUAUAUAUACGUGGUGUUGUGUCAUUGUUGCAGUUAUUAUACCGGUAGCAGUUGCCAAAGGGCCUUUGGCCUUCUUUGUUGUCCGUAGUUUAGCGGUGUCCUAUAGUUCAUCCGCAUUUGCGUGAUGCGAUCAGUCUUACUCACCAUGCGCCCCGGCGUGCCGGGGCUGGUGUUGGUUCAAUUAUAAGUUUUCUAAAAAAUGAAGAAAGUUUGAAAACUUGGCACGCGGGGCCCGUUCGUUGUUGAUUAGCGAUCGACGACUUGUCGCAUGCGUGCGCAGUUGCCCUUGCUGUCUUGUACACGGUCCCUGGCAUUUGACUGCAAAACAGGCCCAAGGGGUGUUGUAUGGUGGCGCCGAGGUAUCGCGUGCUCUGGCCAGGGACAGCUGGUGCCUGCUACGUUCUGGGUGUCUUUAUUAGUAUAGAGUGAAGAAUUGUGGUGUUGGCGUAAUUCAAACUUGCGGGAUGGUCGUUAAUGGAGAUAUGCGUGUGUGCUGGAGAAUAGGGCUAUACGAUCGCACGUAGUUGUGCUUGGGUAUGGGCGGGAGAGUGACGUUGUACCAAAGGGUGUUUGGGUUUGGUGGGUGUAGCUAAUAGCGUGGCUUCUUCUUCGGCCAGUCAUGUUGGCUGCUGGUGCAAAGUAAGCGUCCCGUUGGCGUGUUAGGGCAGUUGACUACCUGGCAAUCCCUGGGUACCGAGCAUGCCGUUAAGG